AUUCAAUCUAUUUCAUUAAUUCUAGGUACCCAAUUAAUGAAUUUAUUACCCUGAUCCAGAUUAACCAUAGUUUACGAUGGAUUCGGAUUUUAAGGAUGUAGACGUCGUUUCCGAGUUAAACAAACUCUCUUCCGAGAACAACUACAAAGAAAUAGUUAAUUUAUUGAGAGAAAAUUUCUACCAAUUCAACGAUGAUCCAAACAAACUAAUCGCAAUUUUGACCAUAAGAAUUUACUACAACCUACACCUCAAAGUAAUUUUCUUCUUUUACACACAUUUAUUAUAUAAUUUUAAUGAAGUUGACUCUGACUUUGAUUUAAUUCAGUCGAUUUUUACAGAUAAACUGAAAUCUCAAUUUUCAUACACCAAAGAUUCAGUAUGCCCGUUUAGUACAUUUUUAAUACAUGCCUAUUAUCCUCAUAUGAAAGGUUCUAGUUUCCAAUCACUCACCAGAAUGUGCAACUUAUUCCAUAAACUCAGUGAUGAUUUGAAUUCUCAAAGAUCAUACGAGAAGCGAGAUGAAAGUGAAUCAUCUAAAGAACGUGAAGUAAUUGUUAAGAGGAUUAUGAAAACAGUAUUACUUUUAUCAGACGUACUUAUCACUCUACUAAGACCACAGGAGGCGAUAAAGUUACUGAAGGAGGUAAAUUUGAAGUACGAUAAGGAAGAUGUUUCAACCAACAUGAUAUUAUCACUUAUUUAUAGAAAGCUGGGUUAUACUGAGGAAUCUGAGCGAUACCUGAAGGCGAUUCUGGGAAAGGCUGACGAAAGGAAACUACCUUACACAGGGUUUCUGAAGAUGUUUAGUAAAGACUAUAAGGGAGCUUCUGAGGAGUUUAAAUCAGUUCUUUCCCUGGAUAAAAAGUCACUCAGCCCUCAGGAGUCGGUUUUGCUCAACAACUUGGCGGUAUCAACUCUUUACGCCGGAAGUUCACAGGAAGCCAAAAAUUUGUUCUUUAACUUUGAAAUACUAACACAUGGAUUUCAGGCCCAUAGGGGCAUAAUGUCAAAUGCCGAUGUUCUUGUAGAACUAUCAAUUUACGAAUAAUUA